AUGGUUGAGCUCCCAAUGUUUAACUAUGGUGAAGUAAUGUCAACUUUAUCCCUUCUCUCUCCACCCCUCCCAAUAUUAACCCCCACGCUAUUACAGUCUCUCUCUCUCUCUCUCUCUCUCUCUCAUACAACACCGAGCAAUCUCUCCACCGCCGUUCUUUGCCGGAGGAACGCCAUUCACCUCCGCGCCGGACUUCCAUUUUCAAAACAAACGGUUGCACGUAUCGUCUCAAAAAAAUUACAGGAUUCUUAA